ACAUUCCUUAAAUUACUUUCAAAAUAAUAAUGAAAGUGAUUUUAACUAUUUUAUUAUUGUUUAUACAUAGUUCAGUUCGUGCUAAAGAUGCAACUACUUUGAAUUUUAUAAAACUGUUUAUUAAAAAUGAUGGUAAACCUACACAUUUGAUCUACGGUGGACUGUGUUGGAAGAAGAAUGUAAUAAACAGUUUGGUAAUAGAAAUGUCCAAGAUAGGAGUACGAACAUCUGCGUCCUUCAAACCGCUGUCGAAGUACCAGGACCAUGCUAUCAUGUAUCUUACAGAUUUGGACUGUGAACAGUCAAAUGACGUUAUAUCCUACGCUUCAGAAAAAGAGCUCUUGCAAUUCACUUACCGCUGGCUGAUCCUCGUGAGCUCACCUGAACUGAAGGAAGAAAAGCUGCCUCUUCUAGAAGAUGGACCGGUUCUGGUGGAUAGUGAUCUGGUGCUAGCUGAGAGGGUUGGAGACCAGUUCCAGAUGGUCGAAAUGCACAGACCCGGCAUCAACGGUACCAUGAUAAUCACUCCGCGUGGCUUCUACAACGGGAGCCUGGUGGACACCCGUCCUAAUCGGGAGCUGUACAAACGACGCCGGAACAUGAUGGGACAUCCCAUAGUCAUGUCUAACGUCAUCCAGGACAGUAAUACCACACGUUAUCACCUGCCCAGGGAAGAUCGAUUGCAACUCCAGUACGAUUCAAUUACAAAAGCUUGUUGGGCCGCCGCUAAUAUUGGCUUCGACAUGCUAAACGCCACAGGACGAUAUAUCUUCAGCUAUCGCUACGGUUACAAAGUGAACGGGCAGUGGUCUGGCAUGAUCGCUGAUCUUUAUAAUAAUAAAGCUGAUGUCGGCACCAACUGCGUGAUAUUCCGCGAUCGGUUUGACGUGGUGACGUAUACGGACUUAGUGGCUCCAAUGAGGAUGCUGUUCAUCUACCGCCAGCCUCCUCUAGCAUACGUCGCUAAUGUGUUCUACCUGCCAUUUUCCACGAGGGUUUGGGUCACUAUCGCUGUGUGUACUGCUAUUGCAACUGUUACUCUUUUCUUGGCCAGUCGAUGGGAGCUGGCUCUGACAAAGACUACAACACAACAGCAAUUAGAUGGAGGAAUAUGCGACGCUUUACUCUUAACUAUGAGUGCGGUUACUCAGCAAGGAUGUUACAUUGAACCUAGAAGAGCACCAGGUCGUAUGAUGCUGUUCGUGUUGUUCACGGCUCUGAUGGCGCUGUACGCGGCGUACUCGGCGAACAUCGUGGUGCUGCUGCAGGCGCCGUCUGACUCCAUCCGCAGCCUGCCGCAGCUCGCCGGAGCCAAGAUCACGCUCGCCGCAAACGACGUCGACUAUAACCACUUUGUUUUCAAUCAAAGCAGAGAACCUCUACACACUGCAGUACGAGACAGAGUAUUUCCGGAAAAUGGGAAACCACGUCUCUAUAGUCUCGCAGACGGUGUCGAAAGGAUCCGAAAGGGUUUAUUCGCUCUCCACUCAGUUGCAGAACCAGUGUACCGACAAAUUGAAGCCACGUUUUUGGAGAGCGAAAAAUGUGACAUAUCGACAGUGGAUUACCUUGUAACCUUCGAUUCCUUCACGCCAGUCAGAAAAGGAUCACCUUAUUUGGAGCUGAUUAGAGUUGUUCAUAAGCAGAUAAGAGAGUCCGGAAUCCAGUCAGCCAUUCGCAAGCGCUACUUGGUAUCCAAGCCGCACUGCACGACUAAGAUGUCAUCGUUCAGUAGUGUGGGCCUUAUGGACAUGCGACCUGUUCUUAUCCUGAUGCUGUAUGGAGUCGCUGUCUCUGUUGCUAUUGUUAUUGGAGAGAUCGUUUUACAUAAACUGUAAGUGUAGACACUAUUAGUAUUAAUUAUACGCAUUUAUUUUUAUCUUAUGAUUCUAUAUUUUGUUACAGAAUGAAUCGCCAUAAACACAAUUCAAAAGUUCAAAUGAUCAAAACGAAGUAUUAAGAACCACGUCACAAAUUACGAUUGGUUUUAUUG